CAUACAGUGCAGCACGGGGAUUGGUUUCUGCGCCUUGGAUUUAAACGCUCAAACCACACUAAAAAGAUGUCUGCCCCACCUCCUCCGGUGGUCCCUAGAAAGCCUCCAGGUGUCCGUGUCAUGUUAACUCCAGGAGAGCAGCCGCCUCCCGGUGGCCUCCCCAUCUACACAGGUUCUGGCAAAGAGAAUGGAGCUGACGGAGACUCAAAUCAUACAUCUCCACUGAACGCAGAGAGAGAAGUGGAGAUUCUGAACCACUGUUUUGACGACGUGGAGCGAUUCAUGGGACGGUUGCAGCAGGCAGCCGAGGCCCUGAGUAUUCUCAACCAAAGGAAGAAGAAGAGAAGCAGGAAGAGCAAGAAGGGAGAGCAAGAUGAUGAUUUGUUGACCUUGAAAGCUCGCCCUCCAUCAGAGGGAGACUUUGUGGACAUCUUUCAGAAAAUCAAGUACUCCCUCAGUCUGCUGGACCGUCUCAAGUCAUCUAUCUCACAGCCUGACGCUCCAGAACUGCUGCAUCACAUCUUUGUGCCUCUUAGACUAAUGGUGAAAACCACUGGAGGUCCAGGUGUAGGUAUGUCAGUGGUUAGUCCUGCUAUGACCAGUGGUGCAGUUUCACUGCUCCAGGAGCAUCUGACUGAGGAGGAAAAGGAACUCUGGAUUUCAUUAGGACCCAACUGGACUUCAACCUGUUCGUCAUUUAAUGUGUCUGUUCCUCCAUAUUCACCUGUCUUCCUGGAUGGAUGGCAGCCUCCGGCCUAUGACUCAUCUGGACACCCUUUGGAAGAUCCCAUCGAGUUGCAGCACAAACAGGAUGCUCUCAGGGAAAGUAUGGAGGCACAAACUCUACAAGACCAAACUCAACAAAGAGUAGAGACAGCUGAUCAAGGCAGCGAGGAAGUAGAUGGAAAUGGGCUCCGACCAGAAGGUGAGAGACUUUACUGCUGCAGUUAUGACUUUGUGGCUAGAAACAGCAGUGAACUCUCUGUACUACAAGGGGAAACACUGGAGGUAAUUGAAUCAUCAAAGCGAUGGUGGAAGUGCCGGAAUCGCUUCGAUCAGAUAGGAUUUGUUCCCUCUAACAUCCUGGAGCCUCUCUCUGCUCUCAAUAACACAGGGAGGGACAGUCCACUGGUACGCAGAGAGUCAAAGAAGACCCCUCUUACCCCUCCCACAAACUACUUCUCAUACGCUCCAUCAAGCCCGAUUGGGACCAGUCCCACUGCUACAAGCCCACCACUGCGACCUCAGAGCAUGGUUUUACCAUCUACAACAAUGGGGGAAGACAGUGACCGCGUCCUGAUAAUGAAUGAUGAGCUUCUUCAUCGGCUAGCAGAGAAAAGAGGCUCAGUCCGUCCGUUGGUGGUUCCCCGCACAGCUGACACUUCUGGUCCCCUGUACUACCACUCGCCACCUGCUGAGGUGGAGGCCUGGCUCACUGCCAAGGGCUUCAGUCCACAGACAAUUCAGAGUCUUGGCAUUUUAACUGGAGCGCAGCUAUUUUCCCUGAAUAAGGAGGAGCUCCGUGCAGUGUCACCAGAGGAAGGUGCAAGAGUUUACAGCCAGAUAAUGGUGCAGAAGGCUCUUCUCGAGGAUGUGCACAAAGCCACAGAAUUAGAGACGGUGAUGGAGAAGCAAAAGCUGAAGAUUGGCUUGAAGUCAGAGAGUGAUGUAUUCUGACUGAGCUUUCCACAUCCACUAAUACAGAUGUGGCAUCAAAGGUGAAUGGUCAUGCAUGUAGUGUUGCUUACACAGCUGGGGCCACAGAGGGAUGCUUCAGGUGGAAUCUAAUUUUUUGAUCAUACAUGUUGUAUCUUGUCUGUGCUACAGAUUCAUCAGCAAAAGCAAACUGUGUUAAAAGACUCUCUAAAUAAUACUCUUAUGUAAACCUCGCCAGAGUUUACUAAAGUUAUUCCUUGCAUUUAUUUUCAUCAUAUUUUUUACAAUUUAAAUAUUUCUGUCAUCCUUUAUUUAGGCAAUAUUUGAAACAUGACAAUAAACACUAAUGCCAUACAAUAAACAAAAUAACAUAAUAAUUAUAAGUCUAAUGUAUUAUUGUUGUAAAGCAAAUACUAUAACAAUGGACUGAAAUAGCUUUUCAGAGCUACAGUAUAAAACCCAUGAAAUGUGCAUUAUGAUAAAAAUAUUUAUCUACACAGAACAGUCAGCUGUCUGAUUGAUUGAGACUUUUUAUUGCUUGCAUGUCUACCUGUAUUAAGACAGUGUUGCUUGUUGCAGCCAGAUGCUGUUAUAGACCAAAUACACAUUAAACUGAUGUCAUAAAUAUACAAUCUUAGUCCUGACUUUUUCUGAGAUUAAAAUGUUGUAAGAUGUUGCAUUUUUCAUUAUGAUUGCAGCUGUGGUUCAUAUCAUAAUAUAAUGCACGACAUGGAAACAUAAGGGAUAUAUUGCUGUGAAUGUAUCAGCUUCAAUACAGCAGACUAGUUUUAUGAUUAAAGGAGUUAUUUGUAAGAUUUGCUAUUGCUACAUUGCCAACAUUAGCAUUAACAGCUGUUUACUUACUAGUCCUGUCAAGAGCUGCAGCUAUUGUUUCAUUUACAAGACAAAAGGUUAUAACACGCCCUCCGAGCAGCACUAUAUUUUCAGGACAGACUGGACGCUACAGUGAUUCGGUAUCAGAAAGUGACGAAAGGGCCAAGAUGGAGCUAGCUAGUUAGCAUGCUAACUUCAGCAGAAGAAAUGAAGUGACAGAAAUGGUAGCAAAACAACAGUUUACAUUGGUGUUGCCUUCCACCGCUGGAGACAGCUUUCAGUGAGUAAAGGAAUGACGUUUGAUGCUGAACUUUUUUUCUAGACUGGAAAGCUGUUAAUACUAAUGUUGGCUAUACAGCCAUAGCAAACCUGACAAAUAGCUCCUUUAAAACAUACAAUUUCAAAACAAAAAGUUAUGUGAAGAAUUCUACAUUAGUUAUAUCAUAAUUGAUACUGAGUGAAAAAUAAAGACAUUGUUUCAGCUGUAUAAUCAAAAAAAACAAAACAAGUGACACUGAAAAUGUCAACAAACAUAAAAACCAGAAUUAGUUCUGUGUUGACAUGGUAGCAGGUGGAGGUAAAUCAUCACCAUGCAGAGCUGUGUAGUGCACGGCAACAUAUUACUUUAGUAAAUUUCCACCAGUUACCUUCACCUGAGGUCAAAUGUUUGAGUGUAAACAUUGAUUAUUAUUAGAAGAAUUAUUCACAUUUCAGACAAUUCCUGACAUUGUUUUAAACUUUCCUCUAAAAUGUUCACCCUCGUAUGUAAUUUCUUCUGCUCCACAGUGGAGUUUUAAGGAGAGAUAGGAGGAUUACUCAAUGAUUUUACUAACACAAAUUUACUUGAUUAAACUUUACUAUAUAGACCAUGACCUAUUUAGAUUUCUGUUCACUAUGAUUUGGGGAUAAAA